AUGCUGGCCAUCCUCCCGAGAGCGCGGUGGCGAAGGUUUCAGCCCUUCCUACGGGGACUCGCGGUCUCUGAGACACCAGUGCCACAGCUUGGCAAGGAGGAGCUGGUGUUCCUUCUUGACAAGCUUUCCACUUCCGGCGAGAAGGGAAGCGGAGCUUGGAGGGUAUAUGCAGCCAAAGUGCAGCAGGAGGUCAACAGCUAUGACGUCCAGGAUCUCUGUCGCAUUGUCCGGGCGGUGUGCCGAGUCGACUUCCGAAAGAGGUCGUUUCUCAACAGCGUCUGCCGCAGGUUUUGCUCAGAAGAGCUCGCUGAGUUGCCGCCGCGAUUUCUGGCGCAACUCUUGAGUGACCUUCGCAAGCUGCGGCACUUCGAUGCGCCGUUGCUCGAGAGGCUCCUAAAGUUCUGGCAGUUCGACGCCAAAAUCAAAGAGUUCAACAACUUCGACCUGUCGUUGCUGCUGAUCGCCUUCGCCCGUUCCGCGUUGCGCGAUGAGGAGCGACUUUCGAGCAUCGGUGGGGCCUUGAGGCAGAAGCUCGUCAACAUGGAGUCAUCCACCGCUGCCGGAUCUCUGUAUGCCCUGGCAUUGCUGGACUUCGGAUCCGAUGGAACAGGUGCGGCUUUGUCUUCCACGGUGCUGCCCCGCUUGCUCGGCGAGGCCUGCCAGCAGGAACUGGUGAACAUUGCCUUUGCGCUUGUGGCGCUGGACCUGCCCCAGGGCGAACUGCUGUCAUUUGCACUGCAGCGCCUCGUAAAGCAGGCGCGCGGCUUGGAGCCCAUCAGCAUACACGCCUUGCGCAUUAUCGCCCACUGUGUGCAGCUUCCGCAGGCGCUGCGUCCUAAAAUGCGUGCUUCUAUGGAGGACGACGAAGUCCGACGCCGUUGCGUCGGAGCACUGCGAGAGGUUCUCACUGUCACCAAAGAUGUGGCCAUUGGGUCUCCGCCCAUGAGCUCUCGUCUCCAAGCCGCUCUGGAACGCUACUUCGAAGAAUUGCAGGUGCCGCAUCUCCCGGAGCAGGCUGUCGGGCCCUAUGUGCCCGACUUUGUCCUGCCGAUGAAGGUUGCCGUAGAGGUGGAUGGCUACACUCACUUCUACGCUUUCUCCCAGCGCAUGACAGCGAAAUCGAAGCUGAAACGGCGUGUGCUGGAAGCUUUGGGCUGGGGCGUGGUCAGCUUGCCGCACUUCCAGUGGCUUCCCAUGAACCACCAGGAGCGGCUGGUCUUCCUGUCCAACAAAAUCUCUGUGGCGGCAGGGCAGCCCUUCUCUGCUGUGCGAAAGGCUCCGCUGGAAGGCAGGCUUCGCAUUUGUGGCUGA